CCCCAAGGCAUUGGAUAAUUACUCGCAACUACCACAUCGGCCCUGGUUCAAUUUCAACUCCCGUGUUCAGACAGAGACACAACUGCAGAUACGACACCGUCUUCUUCACCCAUUUGAAGAUUUGAACUCCUGCUUCAGCUCUUGAGUUCGACCACACUAUCUGCAUUUAAUGUGAGGUACUUGAUUUGUCAUGUAUUCAUGUUAUUAUAGUACCCUUUGUUUUGGAGAAAACAGAGGAAUAAAAAAGUUGCUUGCAGAAAAUGAUUGAUGGGUUCAGUUGGUAGAGUUUAACUGUUUUGCUUUAAGAGAAAAUUCAAGAACUGGUCUGAAGUGAGCUAAAAGAAGAUGAAAUCACAUAAAUUAGGUUUCCCUUUAAUUAGAUUGAAGAAUUGGUCAGGUGGUUUGUUGAUCAUAGCUCUUGCUAUAGUCUUGUUUUUUAGCUACAGUUUUAUUGGAAUUGGAACUCAACCCCAGAAGCAAGAUGAAAAUCAAAAUCAGAAACAGAAGCAGAAGCAAUCUGCUGAUGAUUUUUUUAGAUACCAUCCAGGCAAUGAGUCUGAUACUCGAAGGGAGGUGAAAAAAGCACCACCAGUGGUACCACGGAAACCGUAUAUUGUAAAUGUUGAGGGACUUGGUGAUCUUUAUGCAAAAAAUAAUAUAUCGGAAGAAGAGGCAAAGCCCUUACUUACGUGGGCACGUAUGCGUUUACUAUUGUCUAGGUCUGAUGCUUUGUCUGAAACAGCUCAAGGGAUUAAAGAGGCUGCUGUAGCUUGGAAAGAUUUGUUGUUGACCAUUGAGAAGGAGAAGGCUUCUAAGUUCAAUGGUAGUGGUGAUGAAGUUAAAAACUGCGCCUUUUCUGUUAGUAAACUUGAUGAGAAAUUAUCGAGGAAUGGAACUGUUCUUGAGCUUCCUUGUGGUUUAGUUGAGGAUUCUUCAAUUACAGUUGUAGGCAUUCCUGAUGGGCGCUAUCGAAGUUUUCAAAUUGAACUUAUAGGCUCACAACUUUCCGGGGAGUCUAAGCCUCCAGUCAUCUUGCAUUAUAAUGUCAGUUUGCCGGGGGAUAAUAUGACAGAAGAGCCUUUCAUAAUUCAAAAUACAUGGACUACUGAGCUUGGGUGGGGCAAAGAAGAAAGGUGCCCUGCUCAUGGAUCUGCUGAUACUUUGAAAGUGGAUGAACUUGUUCUUUGUAAUGAACAAGUUAUGAGAAGCGCUUUGGAAGAGAAUCAAAAUGUGAGUCAUCCUAGUGGCACAAUAUUGACCAAUGUUUCCCAUGGAGGUGUCCAUUCAACUGCAAAUUUCCCCUUUAUUGAAGGCAAUCCAUUCACUGCCACAUUGUGGGUUGGUUGGGAUGGGUUCCACAUGACCGUCAAUGGAAGGCAUGAAACGUCAUUUGCUUAUAGGGAGAAACUUGAACCAUGGUCAGUCACUGGAGUUAAAGUGUCAGGCGGUGUGGAACUAUUAUCUGCUUUUGCUAAAGGCUUGCCUGUCUCAGAAGACCAUGAUUUAGUUGUUGAUGUUGAGCACCUCAAAGCUCCCUCAGUUUCCAGGAAAAGACUUGUAAUGUUGAUUGGGGUUUUCUCUACUGGAAAUAAUUUUGAGCGUCGUAUGGCGCUGAGAAGAUCUUGGAUGCAAUACAAGGCAGUACGUUCAGGGGAUGUAGCCAUUCGAUUUUUCAUUGGCCUUCACAAGAACAAGCAAGUAAAUGUUGAGCUGUGGAGAGAAGCUCAAGCGUACGGAGAUAUCCAAUUGAUGCCUUUUGUUGAUUAUUACGGUCUAAUCAGUCUGAAAACAAUUGCAAUUUGCAUAAUGGGGACAAAAAUCCUCCCUGCUAAAUAUGUCAUGAAAACAGAUGAUGAUGCUUUUGUUAGGAUUGAUGAAAUUCUCUCUACCCUUAAGGAAAAAGCAUCUGAUGGGCUCUUGUAUGGUCUUAUAUCUUUUGAAUCAUCACCUCAUCGGGAAAAGGACGGCAAGUGGUAUAUAAGUAAGGAGGAAUGGCCACAUGCUUCAUACCCUCCGUGGGCCCAUGGUCCAGGUUAUAUUAUUUCCAGGGACAUUGCAAAAUUUAUCGUUCGAGGGCACCACAAAAGAGAUCUCAAGCUUUUCAAACUAGAAGAUGUAGCAAUGGGUAUAUGGAUUGAACAGUUUAAGAAUAGUGGUCAAGAAGUGCAUUAUUUGAGUGACGACAGGUUUUACAAUGCUGGAUGUGAAUCAAAUUACUUUCUCGCGCAUUAUCAAAGCCCAAGGAUGUUGUUAUGCCUUUGGGAGAAGCUGCAGAAAGAGCGCAAAGCUCUCUGCUGUGAGUAAAUAUCAACCAUGAACCUUUGAAUGAGUUUUAACUCUUAAACAAAAGUCGAUCUCACUUGCAGUUCAUACAAAUAUGCUGUCAGUCACCAUGUGGAUUUGUGUUGGUUACAGUAAAGGUUGGACUGAUUCUAAAUUAUACACAGAUAGUUUAGUCUCAUGUUAUUUGUUCAUUGGUUGUUCAUUACAAUUGUAAUAUUUGAUGGAAAGACUGUUGUUGAUUGAGCUUGUUGGUGUGGUCACAAACUUGAUAUGAAAUUCGGAAUGGCCAUUUUGAGCUUUUCAAAACCA